UGUCUGGCUUCGCCUCCGCGGCGCAGAGGUGAAGGGAGCGCCGAGCCCGGCUCAGGACAGACAGACAGAGGGCUAGCUGCGCCCAGGCUCGCCCGCAGAGCCCCUGCACUCCCCACCCCCGCCCACCUCGCCUCUGGGACCAUGUCCAAACCUUCAGACCACAUCAAGCGGCCCAUGAACGCCUUCAUGGUAUGGUCCCGGGGCCAGCGGCGCAAGAUGGCCCAGGAAAACCCCAAGAUGCACAACUCCGAGAUCAGCAAACGCCUGGGCGCCGAGUGGAAGCUGCUGUCCGAAGCCGAGAAGCGGCCGUACAUUGACGAGGCUAAGCGGCUGCGCGCCCAGCACAUGAAGGAGCACCCCGACUACAAGUACCGGCCGCGGCGCAAACCCAAGAACCUGCUCAAGAAGGACAGGUAUGUCUUUCCCCUGCCCUACCUGGGCGACACGGACCCGCUCAAGGCGGCUGGCCUGCCCGUGGGGGCCUCCGACGGCCUCCUGAGCGCGCCUGAGAAAGCCCGGGCCUUCUUGCCGCCGGCAUCGGCGCCCUACUCCCUGCUGGACCCUGCGCAAUUUAGCUCAAGCGCCAUCCAGAAGAUGGGUGAAGUGCCCCACACGUUGGCCACCGGCGCGCUGCCCUAUGCGUCCACCCUGGGCUACCAGAACGGCGCCUUCGGCAGCCUCAGCUGCCCCAGCCAGCACACGCACACGCACCCGUCCCCCACCAACCCGGGCUACGUGGUGCCCUGUAACUGUACCGCCUGGUCUGCCUCCACCCUGCAGCCCCCGGUCGCCUACAUCCUCUUCCCAGGCAUGACCAAGACUGGCAUAGACCCUUACUCGUCAGCCCACGCCACGGCCAUGUAACCCCCAACCCGGCCC